AUGGAUUGCCUGUCGUUCUGCCAAUUGCUGAUCUUCUCGUGCCUCGUCGUUGGCUUGUUCGAUGGCAGCAGCACAGUCGCUGCCGCCGGCUGCACUGACAGACUGCGACUCCGAGCCUCAGAGGCCCAGAUCGACCUCAGCCAACUGAGCGCAAAGCAGUUGCAGCUGUUGGUAAAGCAGUUGGCCGCUCUACAGCACAAACAGAAGGCGGAGAAUGAGAACGCGGAGGAUCAGCCGUUGGACGAUCCGGAAUUGGAGUCUCAGAACUUGGAGGACCUGCAGCAGUACGAGGACGAUCAUCGGGGCAGCAGUCGACCCUGGAACAGAUUACAGCGCAUCAUACGUCGCCAGCUGGUGCGCAUUCCAAAGCGUUACCUGAAGAAGCUGCUGCGGCAGUUUGGCUUGGCGCGAGACCUCGGUGUGAGCAAUGUACGGGCAGUGGAAUUGCCGCCGCAGCCGCAGGAGUACUAUCUAAUACCGUUGGAAUAA